AUGCCACCAUCUCAAUACCUAUACGAUACCGAAAAGACUGCUCCCAAAGAUGAGCCCGGCUUUGCUUCUGACAAUGACAGGAGUGAAGAUCGAUAUGACUUGGAGCAGGUAGACACUGUACGGCGAGGAAGUUUUGUGUCUAUGCAGCAAGGCAGCUCCUACCAGACGCCAGGGAAAUGGCAAACAGCAGUAAUCUUCAUCACCAACGAAGUCGGCAUCGGGAUCCUCAGUCUGCCGGCGGCAAUGCAGACACUGGGUCUCAUACCUGGCAUCAUAGCCAUCAUCGGACUUGGGCUGGUCACGACUUAUACCGCGUAUGUGCUGGUGCAAUUCUACAGGCGCUAUCCCACGGUUAUGAACAUUGUCGACUGCUGCCAGAUAAUCGGAGGCAAGCCACUGGCCCGGAUCACUGCGAUUGCAUUUACGCUUAAUCUGGCGUUGACGUGUGCUUCUGCUUGUCUUACGAUGUCUAUUGCGCUUAACAGCAUGUCGGAUCAUGCUCUGUGCACGAUUGCCUUCAUUGCGCUUCCAGCCAUCACAUCAUGGGCAUUGUGCUUACCACGAAAGUUUGCCUUCAUCGCACACUGCGGCAUUCCCUGCACCGUCUCCAUCAUCGCAGCAGUCCUCAUCGUCAUGAUCUCCCUCGGCAUCGCAGAACGCCCCCAAGGCGCCCUCCCCGGCUGGGAACGCGAAAUCGUUCUCGUCGGCACCCCAACCUUCUCCCAAGGCAUGUCCGCCUGCCUAAACAUCGCCUUCGCCUACGCCGGCAACCAAGGCUUCGUCACAGUAAUGGCAGAAAUGAAGAACGCAGCCCGCGACUUCACUCCAGCCCUCAUAAUCCUGCAAUCUUUCGCGAUACCAAUCUACACCAUCGUCGCCGCGGUCAUCUACGCCCUCGCGGGACAAGGCGUGAGGAGUCCCGCACUCGGCAGUGCACCGACACUUCCGGCUAAGAUCGCGUAUGGUAUCCUCUUUCCGUGCCUACUCGGGACGUCUCUAGUCUUCGCCCACACAGCGAUAAAAUACCUCUUCGUCGUCGGCCUCCGCUUCCUGCGCGCAGACUCUGAAUACGCCAAAAACACAACCCGCAGCUGGACCCUCUGGAUCAGCAUCGGCACAGCAUUCUGGUUUUUAUCCUUCAUAAUCGCCAACGCCGUCCCCGUCUUCGACUCCAUCUUAUCGAUCAGCUCCGCCAUCUUCGUGGCGUGGUUUACGUUUGGGAUCUCGGGCGUCUUCUGGCUGUUCUUGAAUUGGGACCAGCAGGGGAAGGGUUGGAGGCGGAUAUGUCUGGCGGGGGUGAAUUGGGGCAUUGUUGUGGUGACGGUUUUUGUUAAUGGCGCGGGGAUGUAUGCGGCUGUUAGUGGGCUUUUGGCGAGGUUUGAGGAUGAGAGUCAGGGGGUUAAUGGGCCGUUUACGUGUGCGGAUAAUAGUAUUUUUUAG